CCGUAUGGGGAUGGUGACACGAGCACGAGCGGAAGAGGAGAGCAGCAGCGCGUGGCAGAGCGAGGGGUUCUCAGCGCGGAUCGACAUGGUUCAGAAGCACCUCAACCUUCCCAUCCGCCCUGUCCUCCUCUGCCGCUCGGACCUGAUGGAGGGGCCCAAGGCGGUACUGAGAGACGCCUACAGACAAGAGUCGCUCUUCCAGUGGCUCCGCGGGCACGCGAGGAGCGAGGAGGGAGAGGGAAAGAAGACGCAGGAACUGCUUGAGUGGCUCAUAGACUGGAGGGUCAACAACUGCUGGAGGACAUCGACAAGCUGAUCCUCUUGCUCAACACGGGCUGUUCUCCGCCUCCCUCCCUCGGCAGCCAGUGCAAGAAACGUUUCGCUGCACUAGAGCACAUGUGGGCAGCGAGGGAUCGCCUGGCCGGGUGA